UUCUUGUUUUUUUUUCUUCUUACCUUCUCAAAUAUUUACUAAUAAAAAUAUUUAAAGUCAGUCAUAUCGUUAAAUUGUUGUUGAGUAUACCAAUUAGUGUUGAACGCAGUGCCGAAAAAGAAGGGCAAGUGUGAGAAGAGUGUAGGAGUGAAACGAGAGUCAUCAUCAUCAUCAUCAGCAUCGUGCCAAAAGACAAAACAAUACGAAAUUCGGCAUACAGAGAUGUUCUUGUUUGAAUAGCAUUUAGCAGGCAGUGUUGGCGAUAAAGAGGAAAACUGAAACAAAGAGAAAGUUAUGUUCAAAGCAAGUAAUGCUGGCAACAGCACAACAACAACAACAACAGAAGAACGUGAUCGCCUAACAGAUGGCGAAAAGUCACGUUCCUCCUAUCGAUCCCGACCGUUUUCUAGUCUUCCACGUCGCUUCUCUUCGGCCAAGAAUUGCGCCGUGCUGGAGACUGAUGAAGAGCGUACGCACAAUAAUUUGGGCUAUGAGAGCAGCACUGCCCAAUUGAGAGACGUGAAGAUAGCGAGAAGUUUAUCGCGCUUGAAUACGCUUAACUAUGAUAAUGCUGCAAUAGAUUUAGUUGAGAAUAGUUUAGACAAGACAAAGGAGAAUGGCUUUCAAAUUAGUAGUACGGAUAUUUUUCCACAACAAAUAAGUAAAAGUAACGACACUACAGUCUCCAUGGAGAUGGAGCAAUUGCAGGAUAUACGACGUGAGGAUGUAUUCCCACACGAGCGCACACCGACUGAUUCCUCGUGGGAUGGCAGCGAUCUCGAACACGAUUCCAUACAAUCGACAGAUACGAGCGAUUAUACGCACGACGAUGCGACACGUGUGCUUAACGAGCUGGACACAAUCUUGGAUAUACACGGUGCGACGCCGCUGGCAGCGAGCAAUUCAUUGGAGACUAAAGUCGAAGACUGUUUAUUGGAUUUAGAUAAUUAUCUAGAAGAGAUGGACGAUUAUAGUUUUAGUAAUAAUGAUGAGGAUGAUAAGAGUACGCCGGAGUUGGCGCGUACGCCAAGUCCGAAACGUUUAAACACAAGACAGCGCAAUCGCUCAUUGCCGAUGAGCCGUAAGAAGAGUACACAACAGAAUGCAGCGCGUGAGCAGCAUGAAGAGGCAAAUGAUGCAGGUGGCAGCAUUGAACGCGGACAGCUGCUGAGACGCACAAUUACCUCACCGAAGGAGAAGUUGUACGAAGAUCUUAUGGAGAAAUUAGAACGCACACCGCAGGCCGUAACAUGCCUGUCCAGCGAGGAGGCUUUCAAUGAACUCUUCAUCUCAGAGGAUAACAAUGAGCGCACAAAUCUAGAGCCAACAGAUCCGCCACCUUGGACGGCGUCGGCAUACGAGGCAUGCCACGAUCAACCGCUAGCUGAGAACGAUGACUUCGCAGCCACGCGUCGCAACAAUUUCACAGAACAUCACAGUAUUAGCGCACAAAAUGACGAGCCGUCAGCACCGGUCGCAGAAGCUUUGCCUUUGCGACCGGAGCUCAGACGUUGCCAUUCACAAAAUCGUCUAAGCACCACUAGUACCAACAGUCGCACUGAAAUGCUAACGCAAGAAGAUAUUUUCAAUAAUUUAUUACUACAAAACGACAACACAAGCAGCACUUUGGUGAAUAGACCGCGUCAAUUUGGACGACGUGCAGCGGGUCAACCGCCAGUGCUCUCCGUACGACCCGAUAUACUAGAAGGUAAUCACAGCUUUGGCGCCGCUAAUAAUAAUCAACGUCCGCAGAGCGCGCCUGCCGUUACAACAGCGGCGCGUCAAGCGCGUAAUGCUGCCUCACACGCUGUCGAGGAGCGACAUACGAACUUCUUAGUGGGUUCGGAUGUGAGUUCGGCGCAUACAUCGCGCAAUUCCAGCCCCAUCACUAUUGUGUCCAGCACAGACUCCGCCUCGACAUCACCUUCCACCAAUGGUGGUCAUACGGCCGCCAUGACACUCGUCACAAACGGUCACUAUGAUCAAAGCGGCGCAGAACGCAAUGACACUACACACGCAAGCGCGCAGGACAGCGAAAAGGAAUGGCCGCACAUGUGCAGUCGCGCUUUGGCGCUCGUCUGCUGCACAGUGGGUCUUUUUAAUGUUUCACGCUUUGCGGUGUUGACCAUUGAGUAUGGCGGCAACUUCGUCUUGCAAUUCUUUUUGCUCUCCAUACUCUUUGGCAUACCGCUUUUCCUAUUGCACGUGAGUUUGGGCUCACGAAUUAAGGCGGGUCCGGUGUCAAUGUGGAAGAUCAGUCCUAUAUGUCGUGGCAUCGGUAUUUCAUUGGUUUUGGUGCAAUGUUUCAUUGCCAUUUACUCGACCGUCGCCGUAGCUUGGAUGUUGAUCUAUCUGCGUGACACUUUUCCACAUACAGGGCAGUCCGGUUAUAUGUGGCAAGAAAUUAUUAACCCCUAUCGGCGUAGUACAAAUGGUUCGGCGAAUUUGACAGAGAGCAUCACGGAUUAUUUCAAUGUCGUUGUGCUGCAGCGUUUGCAUCUGCUGAAGCCAGCGGAUGGUGGUAAUAUACGAUUUCGUGUGAGCAAUCGGUUGGCCUUCAAUUUGACCCUAAUUUGGGUUGUUGUAUUCCUAAUUUUGUGCAAGGGUCUAAAAUCAUUCGGGAAAGCUGUUUUUCUGCUAACCAUUUUGCCGCUCAUCGCUUUGGCAGCCGUGAUUUGUAAACUGCUCUAUGUCGUGGAUCCUGCAAAAUUACAGAACAUCUUCACCACCACGGACUUUAGUGACUUCUUCGAGAAUUCCAAAAUGUGGGUUGCUGCCGCGCAGGAAGUAUUCCUGACAUGGGGUUUACUUGGCUCUUCGGUAAUCUCCAUCACAAGUUGUACACACGCAGCUGGUCGCAGCGAGAUAUCGCUACGACGCGAUGCUAUCUUUGCCAUACUGAUUACACUCUUCAGUCUCUGUCUGGCAGCACUGCUGGGUACAUUGUGUGUCCAAAUACUGAAUCAGCAUUCCUACAUUUAUGUGCCGGGUUCGUUUGAAACACUCGAAUCGUCCAAGUCCGUCUUCGCAACAGAGGCCAUAACCAAUUUGAAUAUCAUUUCGAUACCACCGAAAUGGAUGCCACACUACUCCAGUUUUAUUGGAGAGUCAUAUCGACGACAGCUAACACAUCAGGAGAGCGGCUAUCAAGCUUUACGUUUUGUCAGCGAAAUCUUUCCGGCCACAUUGAUACUCUCACGUGCCACUGUAUCGUGGGUUUGGGCCGCUCUGGCUUUUGGCGCCUUAACGGUGUUGGGCAUAUCGCAAUUAUGCGCCAUGUGGAAACCCAUUGCUAGCGCUUUGGGCAAUUCAAUCAGCGCAGUUUUAUUGAGUUGUGUUACUGCCAUGCUCUUGGGUGUACCCUUCACCACCGAAAUCGGCAUAUCCAUACUAUAUUAUAUGGAUUUGGUGUUGGGUGGCUCAUGGUUUAUGGCUAUACUAUGGACGGCACAGAUAUUUGGUGUAUUCUUGAUACGUGGACGUCCAUAUAACGGUGAUGAUUUAGUGAAUAAUUUGAAGUUUUCGAAUACGCUGUCCGCGUUCACUGCCUUGGCAUGGAAUGUUUUGCUUCCGAUUGGUUUGAUAACACUGUCGGUGGUCAGCUAUAAGUCAUCGUUCUCUAAUCAAUUCUAUUAUUGGCGUGGCAAGUCGUACUUCACCUACUGGGCCAGGAAAGUGGCAGCUUCGUUGCAAAUUGGUUUCCUUUUGCUAAUACCGGUUACAGCAAUUGUACAAAUUUAUCGCUAUUUAACAAAUGGACCGCCGGAUAUAUUGGAUCGCAUCCAACUGCUCUACCGUCCUGGCGAUGGUUUACGUGAAAUACGCAACAGUUCCUUAAGCGAUCGCAGCCGAACCGAAUACGGCCGCAGUGGUGGCAACGGCGCCGUUGGAAAUCUCGAACUCAACUCAUAUCAAGCGCAAGAUGAUGCACCACCCAAAUAUACGCCACCACCAUCGUACACCACAGCGACUGGCGCGCGCUUCGCCAAGAUACUACGACAAAGCAUACGACGCAGCGUACGACGUGUACUCGGUGAUCGCAGUCGCGCACGCCCCAUACUCACCAUCGACUCGGAGAGCAAUCAACCGACCACAUCACUGCAUACACACGAAGUGGAUGGACCACAUUACACCAGCGCCGACAUACCGAUCACAAAUACAGCGCUCACCACUUCCGAUCAACAGCAAACAUUUCCAUGCAGCUCGGGUGAGCAAUUGCAGCGUUCGCUGUCGCUCGGCCGUAAGCAUACUGUUAAGCAACAACAACAAUAUCAACAACAUCACACAAUUGGCGGCGGCGGUGUGCGCAGCCAACGUCCACUGACUACAGACGCUGGUCAACGGCAUUUACGUGCACCCUACACGGCAAACGAUGUGGUCACCGUGCUGCGUUCCACAUCAUAUGCCAAUGCACAGAUGCGUCCCGAUACCGUAGCGGUGGUGUCACCCUCGACGCCCGAACUCUGCGAACUCUCAGCCAACAAUUAUUCAUCGUUCCGUUCGAUUGAGAAUCUAGUGACGAAUGCAGCGCCGAUGGCGCGCAGUGCAGCAUUCUCAACGGCUGCGGGGUCACGCGACGAGGACAUCAACGAAAGCGGAAGUAAUACAUCUGUGAUUUAAAACAAAAGAGAGAGAGAGAGAGAGAGCAAGAAGCGUGAAGCAAGCAAACUAACUAAAGUGUUUGUAUGUAAAUAGUUAUAAUAUAUAAAUUUAAAACGUAUGAGUGUAAUAAAUAAUUAUGAUAAUUAAUACAAGUAAUAAAUAAAAUCAACUACUAAACUAUCUGAAUA